CAGGUAGGAGAUACUUCGGUAAUGCAGAGGCGCGAAGGGCACAGCACCUUGUGUCGGCGCGCAACAACCUUGUGGGUGUCAUUGGAGGGCAGUCCCAUCACCCGUGUCCUGCCCCCGCCCCCCCCCCCUACCCUCCGCCCCUGACCCCACCUCGUACUCACGGAUCCCUUCUCCCAUUGGCCUCGCUUUCCUGUUCUCUGCUGGCUCCAAAUUCCGAGACGACCCCUCUUCACCUUCUGAUUCCUCUUUUCGGACGGAAUGAAACCACAGCCGGGAAUAUCUCGCUGAGUCACCACAUUUGGCGAUCAGCUGGAACAGAGUGCCUCCCGAGGGGUCCCGGGCCAGCCUCCAGCCCCACAACAGCAGGUCCUCACGUGACAGCCUCCCCAGGAGCCAGUUUCAUGGAGCAAACACAGAGAAUCCCAAGCCAGCCCCCUCCCAUCCCCACUUCCCAGCCCAAGAAGAAAAGGAUACCAGUGAAAUCUUUCUUUUCCAAGGUCUCUUGGAAACUGAGGUUGCAGAAGCGAGAGCCUUUGAAGAAUGUGUUUUUCAUCUUGGCAGAAAAAGCUGGGGAUCCUAAUGCUAAAAAGCGCCAUCUGGCAAUGAGAUGCCUGGGUACCAUGGCCUGUGAAGCCUCUGACAAGCAGGUGAGAAAGUACAAGAAAGUUUUCCUUGACCUCCUGGUGCAUGGGCUGUAUGAUCCUGUGAGUUCUGAAGUUAUCCACGAGAGUAUGAAGACUCUGAGCAUCAUGCUGGGCAAGAUCCAAGGCCAAGGCCUGGGCUCCUUCUUCAUAGACAUCACCCUUCAGACCAGGACUUUAUUGGAUGAUGAGAAUGACAGUGUGCGGCACUCUGCCUUUGUUCUGUUUGGGCAAUUGGCUGCAUUUGCUGGGAGGAAAUGGAAGAAAUUUUUCACCCACCAGGUUAACCAGACACAAGAUUCCCUCCUGACCCAUUUACAGGACAAAAGCCCUCGGGUUGCCAAGGCUUGCAAAACGACUCUUCGAGCAUGUGCUCCGUAUCUGAAACUCAGGAAGGAGCAGAAUUUCCAAAGUGAAGAAGAUCAGCGGAACCCUAGGCUUUCCCGGCAGCUGAGCCAUUAUCAUCCUGAGGUCCUGCUGUUCUUCUAUGCCAAUAAGAUCCUGUAAGUCCAGAGCGGCAGAGAAAAUGGCCCCAUGUGAGCGCCCUGCUCCAGGCAUCCUGUUCCCUCUGCUCUGUCUCAUUGCGAAUGUAACAGAAAAGAGGAUGUCCGAGAACAACUGGGGGGCGGGGCGGGCAUCACCCUGGAAGAGUAUCUCUGCACCCAAAGAAAAAUUCGUCAUUACUUUCAUGGAUCUCAUUUCUUCUCUACAUAAACAAAUUUGUUGAGAGGUACAUACUUCCUUUUCUAAAUUGUGUGCGUGCACAUAUAUGCACAUGAUUGUGGAGGUCAGAGGCGUCAUCUACCUUUCCAUUGAAACAGGGUCCUUUAACUUGCUGGGGCUUGUAGAUUAGGCUAGGCUUGAUGGCUGGUGAGGCCCCCAGGAUCUGUCUCCUCCACUGAGCACUGGGAUUAUCACUAUACUCCAGUGAACCCAGCUUUUUUUUUUUUUUUUAAUUCUUCUCUUAUAUAUUAUAUCACUCAUAUUAUAUCUUGACCAUAGUUAAAAAUUCUUCUCUCAUAUAUUAUACCACUCAUAUAUUAUUUCUUGACCAUAGUUUACCCUCCAUCCAUUCCUCCCAGUCCCUCCCCCACCUCCUCUCUUCCAGGUCCACUAUUCCUCCAUUUUCUGUGGGAUCAAGAGUGAAGUCCUCCCAGGGGUAAUAACCACCAAACAUGGUUUAACAAGUUACAAUAAGACUAGGCACAAACCCUCAUAUCAAGGCUGGAUGA